AGUGUGAAGAUUUUCAGGCUCAAUGUACAGCCCAUAGUGUAGCCCUGCACCUUGCAUCAUUAAUGAGAGAGAGAGAGAGAGAGAGAGAGAGAGAGAGAGCGAGCGAGUGAGAGUGCUGCCCUCUGGAAAACGGAAAUGUUCAGUGUGCACAGAGUGGCUUGCAUAUUUCACUCUGACAUCUCACUACCAUGUUUUUCAACAUGGUAGUGAUUAGUGGCUGUCAAAUGAAUUCUUUGGAGACCUAUGGAGAAAACAGAAAGAAACUAAAACGAACUCCCUGCCAACACUUAUGAUGAAAUCUGGCUUUUCAGGCAUGAAUAAAUUGAUCCAGCCAGAUUCCCCAUGGCUUCCUCAAGAAACCCUAUUGCUCUGAUUAAGGAAUUCUACCAGCACUGGAGAAAACACUUUCGACACGUAACUGAAAAACUCCCAGAAAAGGUGGUGUAUCUACAUUGAUCUUCUCUGAAGAGUUGCAGACCUACCGAGUACUUAUACAAGCCUUUCUUCUAUGUGAUCCAUAAAAGGAAAAACAGCCUGCCAAACACCUGUAAAGUGACAGCUAUCAUAUGAAAAUUAGGAGAACUGUUGUAUGACAUAUUCAUGAUUCAAAUGAGAGAGAAUCAACUGUUGUGAUGUCCCAGAAGGCCUUAUGAUGGAGUAAAAAAAAGGGGCAAAUUGUAACAAUUUGUCAUCUGUGCUUGCACGUUAGACUUCCAUGCAGUUACUGUAGACACAUCAAAGCAAACUUGCAAAUAGUUCUUUGAAAAUCAUAUCUAGAGGUUGAGAACUACACAUAAGAAGGAGGUUAUUUUAUAUUCAGCCUGUCCAGCCCAUCGAUAAUUAAUUUUUAAGAAAGAGUAGAUAUUGAUUGUGAAUAUAGGUUUUGAACUGCCAUUUGGCAAAGACAGUUUCUGUGGGAAGAAAAAUGCCUACUAAUGACACAUGUGCUGAGCCAGAUGGACACAUUACAGAUUUACGAUACUUUAUCUAUGCAGUGACAUACACUGUCAUUCUUGUGCCAGGUUUCAUAGGGAACAUAUUAGCCUUGUGGGUAUUUUAUGGCUAUAUGAAAGAAACCAAACGAGCUGUGAUAUUCAUGAUAAACUUAGCCAUUGCUGACUUACUACAAAUUCUCUCCCUGCCUCUGAGGAUCUUCUACUAUUUAAAUCAUGACUGGCCAUUUGGGUCUGGCCUCUGCAUGUUCUGUUUCUACCUGAAGUAUGUCAACAUGUAUGCAAGCAUCUUUUUUUUGGUCUGCAUCAGCGUGCGACGAUUUUGUUUUCUCAUGUACCCCUUUUGCCCCCGUAACUACAAACGGAAAUAUGACCUGUGCAUCAGCAUUGCUGGCUGGGUGAUCAUCUGCCUUGCCUGUAUGCUCUUUCCUCACCUGAGAACCAGUGAUGACACUUCAGGCAACAGAACCAAAUGCUUUGUAGAUCUUCCUACCAGGAAUGUCAAUGUGGCCCAGUCUGUUGCCAUGAUUACCAUUGGUGAGUUGAUUGGGUUUGUCACUCCUCUUCUGAUAGUCCUAUAUUGUACCUGGAAGGCUGUUUUAUCACUGCAAGAUAAAUAUCCUGUGGCUCAAGACCUUGGAGAGAAAAAGAAAGCCUUGAAGAUGAUUCUAACUUGUGCGGGAGUAUUCUUAAUUUGCUUUGCACCUUAUCACUUCAGUUUUCCUUUAGAUUUUCUGGUCAAGUCCAACAAAAUUAAAAGCUGCCUAGCCAGAAGGGUGAUUUUGAUAUUUCAUUCUGUUGCCCUGUGUCUUGCUAGUUUGAAUUCCUGCCUUGACCCAGUCAUAUAUUACUUCACCACUAGUGAGUUCAGAAGACGGCUUUCAAGACAAGAUUUGAAUGAUAGCAUCCAUCUCCAUGUGAAAUCCUUUGUGAGCAACCAUACUACUUCUACUAUGACAACUGAAUUAUGCUAAAUAAAAAACUGAAUGUGGCUGGAAAUGAAAAUAUAUCAGAAUACAUUUGUAAUGCCCCAAGCUACUGGAAAGUAAUCACCAGAAGCACUCACAGCUUUUUGGUUAUGUUCUAUCUUACCUAUGUGAGGAAUUCACAUAUUUAUAUCAGAACCUAUUUAGAGCAUUAUACUCUACCAUCAUUGAUGUCCAUCCAGUAAUUUGUUACCAAGUCUUUAAGACUUGAACUAUAAAAUUUCAGUGACAUCCUCUACAUAUAUGCUCUCAACUAGAGUCAUCAGUUUUAUCUGUGAACCUAAGACACAAAGAGAUAAUCACUUUGGUGUCAUCAUAAGCACUUAGUUUGUUACAGUGGACACUGAGUAUUUAGAGGCAAUGUAGUUGUCUAUACUGGUAACUACAGUUUAUAUUCCAAUAUUGUAUUUUGGUUAUAUUUUAAGCAGGAUGGACAAUAUAUUAUUCUGUGAAAAUAAAGUGUUAUAAACAUGGGAUCACUUUUAUCUCCCAUGUGUGAUUACACUCUAGGGUUUGAAGACUCAAAUAGCUAUUUCCUUCAUUUCAGUGUCAAUAUGAAACAUCAUCUGUCACACCUAUUCAUAGAAUGAAAAUCUGAACUUGGGCCUCUAUUAUGUUAAGAGUAAGGACAAGAAACAGAUUCACCUAAAAUAACUUUUUAUGACUGUGUAAGCUGCCAUAUGGAAUCCACCCAGGGCAGAUAGCUUGCAAAGUCCACACAAUGUGACUGAAAUUACCUCUAUAAGUCAGGAGACAGCAGAUAGGUCACAAUCACAAUUUGGUUCCCUUAAAUUAUUUCUGAAGAACACCUCUGGAGAUGCAUGUACCUGCCUUGUUAAGGGCGUUUCCACUAUGCUUCCAGAGUAAUGUUGAAGUACCUCUGACAGAUUACUGCAUUUUUUGAGCCUAUGAAAUAAGUAGUGCACUAAUGAAUCACCAAGCUUAGAUCAGAGGAAAAAGGAGUUGGGUAGAGCUCUUAAAAGCCUCACCAUAUUGUAUUUCUUCUUUUAAGUUAGGUGGCAACUGUCAAGCCACAUCCGUAAGCCAGAGUUGGGUUUGAAAGCAGCUAAGCAUGUGGGUCCUAGUCUUCAGUAAUUUGUCUGGUCCACCUUUGCCUUGGUGGUACCAUUCUGAGGUCAGUAUAGCCUACCUCCCUGCAGCUGGAGAAGUCAGUUUUUUCACCUUUUAAAAAAAGUGCAUAAGAUUAAUUUUGGCAGCAUUGGACACUCUUUACAAUGCCUUGCCUGAUACCUGUUUGGUACUAGUAUCAGGAAAUAGAACCAGGAUGUGAAUAGUAAUUAAACCUGAGGUCUUAAACAUUUCAAAACUGUAAAACAUGUUUUAGCAAAAAGCUCUAACUUAAAAAAAAAGCUCUACUCAAAAAUGUGUACUAUAUAAUAAAGACACACAUUAUUGUGAAUCUGGAAGGAAUAUGGAAAUUAACCCACAGUUUCAUCAUAUUUAGAAGAAAGGAGUUGUUUUAGGCACACAGUUAUGAUACUAAUAUGUUUGGGGGAGGGAAAAUGGUGGAAUAUCUAAGAUAAAUAGAAAUUUUCUAAUGUUUUCUCUGGACAAGUGUUGGUAUUGUUUGUACUUUGUUAUUAAAAUAAUACCCUAUUAGAAAACUGACGAUGUGCUGCUAGCAAUAGUGUAUCUAUCUCCUAAUUAUAUAUUGUAAGGUACAUAUUUUGAUGUGUUAAAUAAGUAUCGUGAUUUUAGAAAGAGUAACUAUGUCUGGUCUGUUUGCCUUAAAGUGAUUUGUGUUUGGAUAUAAUUUAGUGUUGUAAUGGGUUCACAAUUAAGAAUUUGUGGGUACUUGGAAUGGGAGAGUCUUGCCUAUACAAUAUGUUUUUACUAUUUUCCACAUAAGCAUGAAUUAUUCUUCUUAUGGUCAUUUUGUGAGAUCAGUAACCCAAUUUUAUUAAAAUAUUAUUUUCUAUUCAAACAUAUCAUUUUUAAAGGGGAGGGGAACUAUUAUCAGGGGAUUAUCAAACUUUUUAGAGAAAUGGUUGAGGUUGAAGCCCACUUAUUAGACAGCCAAAAAGCCCUGGCAGAUCAUUUACAUCAUUCAAGGAGAUAAGUAUCCAGUAUUCUUAGGCUGGUUAGCUAUGACCACCCUUUCUCCCCAGACCUGUCCAUCUGAAUUUGUAUUCAUUGCUCUGAUUUACUUUAUCUACCCCUCCUCCCCUUCAUGAUGUUUUGUCUUCUGUCUUAUUCCUUUGUUCUGCAAAUCAGUAAUCUGGUCAAUUUAUUCAUACUAAGAUUUUAAUGUGCUAAUGUUAGCCUAGUAUGAAUUUUCCCAGGGAUAUCUAAAUUUUAGGCCUUGUGAAUAAGCCUUAACUCAAAGUAUUAAUCCCUAACUUUUAAUGGAGGGAAUUAAAAACACUGAAACAGAGUAGAAGAGAAGAUACUUUGAAGAAGUGGGUUUUACAGCACUGUUUUUCAUAUUAUAUAUGUAGUAAGUGAUCACCUACUUGGUUUACCAUAGUGGGGAUGCCAAAUGCUAAGACCUGUAUCUACAAGCAUGGCUAUCAGUUUCUCAGAUUCCUGCUUUCUUUUUAACUUUUCGCUUUCCAACUCUGGACCUGAU